UUGCCUGGAAGUGUGGGGUGAGAGCUUCUCCUAGGACACCCCUUCCCUUUGGGGUAAAGAAUUGCAACCACCUCAGGCUCUACCGAGGAGAGAACCUUUUCUCCUUCCUCAUCAACGCCCCUCUGGGGGCAGAGAGUGCCUCCACCUGCAUCCCCACCCGCCUGGCCCCAGGGACCACUGGCUGAAGUGAUCAAGCUGAGAUGACAGUCAAGCUGGAUUUUGAGGAGUGUCUUAAGGACUCACCCCGCUUCCGAGCCUCUAUUGAGCUGGUGGAAGCCGAAGUGUCAGAAUUGGAGACCCGUCUGGAAAAGCUCCUCAAGCUGGGUAAUGGCCUCCUGGAAAGUGGGCGUCAUUACCUUACUGCCGGCCGCGCCUUCGUUGUUGGCAUUUGUGAUCUGGCCCGCCUGGGUCCACCAGAGCCCAUGAUGGCGGAAUGCCUGGACAAAUUCACUCAGAGCCUGAGCCACAAGCUGGACAGCCACUCGGAGCUUCUAGAUGCCACCCAGCAUAUGCUGCAGCAGCAAAUCCAAACCCUGGUCAAGGAAGGUCUCCGGGGUUUCCGAGAGGCUCGUCGGGAUUUCUGGCGAGGUGCUGAGAGUCUGGAGGCUGCUCUUACCCACAAUGCAGAGGUCCCCCGGCGCCGGGUCCAGGAGGCAGAAGAGGCAGUAGCUGCUCUGAAGACGGCUCGAGCUGGGUACCGGGGACGGGCACUGGAUUAUGCCCUGCAGAUCAACGUGAUUGAGGACAAGAGGAAGUUUGAUAUCAUGGAAUUCGGUGCUGCGUUGGUGGAGGCCCAGGCUACACAUUUUCAGCAGGGCCACGAGGAGCUGAGCCAGCUGGCCCAGUAUCGCAAGGAGCUGGGUGCCCAGUUGCACCAGCUGGUCUUGAAUUCAGCCAGAGAGAAGAGGGACAUGGAGCAAAGACACGUACUGCUUAAACAGAAGGAACUAGGUGGGGAAGAGCCAGAGCCAAGCCUAAAGGAGGGGCCUGGUGGCUUGGUCAUGGAGGGCCAUCUCUUCAAACGGGCCAGCAAUGCAUUCAAAACCUGGAGCAGACGCUGGUUUACUAUUCAGAGCAACCAACUGGUUUAUCAGAAGAAAUACAAGGACCCUGUGACCGUGGUGGUAGAAGACCUGCGUCUCUGCACAGUGAAGCUCUGCCCUGACUCAGAAAGGCGGUUCUGCUUUGAGGUGGUAUCCCCCAGCAAGUCCUGCCUCCUACAGGCUGACUCGGAGCGCCUCCUACAGCUGUGGAUCAGUGCUGUGCAGAGCAGCAUUGCCACGGCCUUCAGCCAGGCUCACCUUGAUGAUAGCCCCCGGGGUCCAGGCCAGGGCUCAGGACACCUGGUCAUCGGUUCUGCUGCCACCCUGGGCUCUGGUGGGAUGACCAGGGGAAGGGAACCUGGCGGAGUGGGGCAUGUGGCAGCCCAGGUGCAGAGUGUGGACGGCAAUGCCCAGUGUUGUGACUGCCGGGAACCAGCCCCUGAGUGGGCCAGCAUCAACCUUGGUGUCACCCUCUGCAUUCAGUGCUCCGGCAUCCACAGGAGCCUUGGAGUUCAUUUCUCCAAAGUACGGUCUCUGACACUUGACUCGUGGGAGCCAGAACUAGUGAAGCUUAUGUGUGAGCUGGGAAACGUAGUCAUCAACCAGAUCUAUGAGGCCCGUGUGGAAGCCAUGGCCGUGAAGAAGCCAGGGCCCAGCUGCUCCCGGCAGGAGAAGGAGGCCUGGAUUCAUGCCAAAUAUGUGGAGAAGAAGUUCCUGACCAAGCUUCCUGAGAUUCGAGGGCGAAGAGGUGGCCGAGGGCCCCCAAGGGGACAGCCUCCUGCCCCCAAGCCUUCCAUUAAGCCCCGGCCAGGGAGCUUCAGAUCCAAGAAAGACGCACCCUCUGAUGACCUGGUUAGCCUGCACCCUGGGGCCCUGCUGUUUCGAGCUGCUGGGCAUCCUCCAUCCCUCCCCACCAUGGCUGAUGCCCUUGCCCACGGAGCUGAUGUCAACUGGGUCAACACGAGUCGGGAGAAUGCCACGCCACUGAUCCAGGCCACAGCUGCUAAUUCUCUUCUGGCCUGUGAGUUUCUCCUGCAGAACGGGGCAAAUGUGAACCAAGCAGACAGCCAUGGCCGGGGGCCGCUCCACCACGCAACCAUCCUUGGCCACACAGGACUGGCCUGCCUGUUCUUGAAACGGGGAGCUGACCUGGGAGCACAGGACUCUGAAGGCAGGGACCCUCUGACCAUUGCCAUGGAAACAGCCAAUGCUGACAUCGUUACCCUGCUCCGAUUGGCAAAGAUGAGGGAGGUCGAAGCUGCCCAGGGCCAGGCAGGAGACGAGACAUAUCUGGACAUCUUCCGUGACUUCUCCCUCAUGGCAUCUGACGACCCAGAGAAGCUGAGCCGGCGUAGUUACGACCUCCACACGCUUUGAUUCCAGGCCUUUGAGGUCCUGCGUCCCGCACCCUUCCUAACCCACCAGCCUGUGGCCAUUAAAAGCUUUGUGCUUUGCUCUUCC